UCUCUUUUUCAUCUCUCUUUCCCUCCCAUCUGUCUCUUACUCCUCAUCACCUUCUUUUGUCAUAUCCUCUCGUCUCCUAGAGGGUGUGUCGCUUCGUCUGAUCUUAUCCUCAGUCGUUUCUCUCUUUCCCACCGUUUUCCUGUUCGGCUUACUUUUUGCCUUCCAAUCCUAAAAACUUGCAACUUCACACAACAAAAACCUCAGCAUGUCCUCCUACAACGGCAGCGGCGGCGGUGGCGGCGGCUACCAGCGUGAUUCUUACCGCUCCCGCGGCGGUGGUGGUGGCUACGGUAACGGCGGUGGCUACAGUGGUGGUGGUGGCGGCUACGGAGGUGGUGGUGGUGGUGGCUACGGCGGCGGUGGCUAUGGCGGUGGUGGUUACGGUGGUGGCCGUGGAGGCGCUGCUGGUGGUGACAGAAUGUCCAACCUCGGCGCCGGCUUGAAGAAGCAAGAAUGGGACAUGGACUCCCUUCCCAAGUUCGAGAAGUCUUUCUACAAGGAGCACCCCGAUGUUGCUGCUCGCUCCCAGCGCGAAGUCGACGAGUUCCGCAAGAGCAAGGAGAUGGCUGUCCAGGGCAAGAACGUCCCUCGCCCCGUUGAGACCUUCGACGAGGCUGGCUUCCCUCAGUACGUUUUGAGCGAGGUCAAGGCCCAGGGCUUCGACCGCCCCACCGCCAUUCAAUCUCAGGGUUGGCCUAUGGCCCUCUCUGGUCGUGAUGUCGUCGGUAUUGCUGAGACUGGUUCCGGAAAGACCCUGACCUACUGUCUGCCCGCUAUCGUUCACAUCAACGCCCAGCCUCUGCUCGCCCCUGGCGAUGGACCCAUUGUCCUCAUCCUUGCUCCCACUCGUGAGUUGGCGGUUCAGAUUCAGGCCGAAAUCUCCAAGUUCGGCAAGUCCUCCCGUAUUCGCAACACCUGUGUCUACGGUGGUGUGCCCAAGGGCCCUCAGAUUCGCGACCUCAGCCGCGGUGUCGAGGUCUGCAUUGCCACUCCCGGUCGUCUGAUUGACAUGCUCGAGGCUGGCCGCACCAACCUUCGUCGUGUCACUUAUCUCGUUCUGGACGAGGCGGAUCGCAUGCUGGACAUGGGUUUCGAGCCUCAGAUCCGCAAGAUUAUCUCCCAGAUUCGCCCCGACCGUCAGACUUGCAUGUGGUCCGCCACUUGGCCCAAGGAGGUUCGUCAGCUUGCGUCUGACUUCCUCAACGACUACAUCCAGGUCAACAUCGGUUCCAUGGAUCUCUCUGCCAACCACCGUAUCACUCAGAUCGUCGAGGUUGUCUCUGAGUUCGAGAAGCGUGACCGCAUGAUCAAGCACCUCGAGAAGAUCAUGGAGAACCGCGGCAACAAGUGUCUGAUCUUCACUGGUACCAAGCGUAUCGCUGACGAGAUCACCCGCUUCCUCCGCCAGGACGGAUGGCCCGCCCUUUCCAUUCACGGUGACAAGCAACAGCAAGAAAGAGAUUGGGUUUUGAACGAAUUCAAGACGGGCAAGAGCCCAAUCAUGGUGGCUACCGACGUGGCUUCCCGUGGUAUUGAUGUUCGCGACAUUACCCAUGUGCUGAACUAUGACUACCCCAACAACUCCGAGGACUACGUUCACCGCAUUGGUCGUACUGGUCGUGCCGGAAACAAGGGAACCGCUGUCACUUUCUUUACCACUGAAAACUCUAAGCAGGCUCGUGACUUGGUCACCAUCCUUACUGAGGCUAAGCAGCAGAUCGAUCCCCGUCUUGCUGAGAUGGUUCGCUACAGCGGCGGCGGCGGUCACCACGGUGGCCACGGUCGCUGGGGUGGCCGUGGCCGUGGCCGUGGUGGUGGUAACAACUACACCGCGUCCAACGCUGCUCCCAUCGGCGGCAACCGUCGUUGGUAAACUGUGCCCGACGCCCAGUUCAGUCACUGAGCUUGUAUCUUUUCACACUGGUAGACCUGCUUUCCCUUUCGUCCUUGCCUGCGCAUGAUUAUCCGGCUUUUUUCCUUUCGUAAUUCGGUACGGGCGGCGUUCGUCGAUAUCACGAUAGACUCUUUACGUUGCGUGUUUUAACCAUAUAGGAGACGCCUUGGUUCCUUGGGAUCAGGGGUCAUCGGUCACACCCCGGUUUGUGGGUAUGCGUUAAUCUCUGUUUUAUGUGUGUUCUUUCACAAAAGUUCUGUAUUUCCGGCUUGACAUGCAGCAGCUGGUUCUUAGAUAGUGUGUAGCUUUUUCCUUUGCAUACUGAUAAUUGGAGAAAAUGUACCUAUCUGAAAUGAAUACCGAAACGGCACAAUUUGUGUCAGGAUAGUC